AUGUUGCUAACCCUCAGGACCAGGUCUAUCCUCAACAACAAGCAAGCUCGAUCGAGUCAAGCUCCACAACAUGGGUAUGGUCAAAAGAACAACUACCAAGGCCCUCAAGGGACUUUUCCUGGUCAGCAAAUGCACAUACCACCUGGCUUUCCCCACCAACCACCCCAGCCUGCACCUACACAAGAGAAUGAGCUCAAGGCAAUGCUGAAACAAUUGCUUCAAGGGCAAGCUGAUGGUGUAGUGGACACAAGCAAGAAGCUAGCUGAAAUCAACUCCAAGAUCGAGAAUCUCAACACAAGAGUUUACUCUCUGGAGAAUCAUGCUUCUUCUGUUGCUGCUGCUACAAAGCAAGGACAACUACCUGGUAAAGCUAUUCAGAACCCCAAGGAACAGUGCAAGGUCAUCUUCACUCAAGAAGGACUUGAAGAAGAGGAUCAAGAGAGAGUCAUGGAAGAGUUUUGUUUACUGCUGAAUGAUGACGAGAUUGUUGCUGCUGAGGCUCCUGGAGUCCAGAUUGAUCAACCAGAAGUGCAGCACCUACUGUGGCCAUUCACACUUCACCAGUUGAGCUCGCACAACAAGCUCGAUCGGCAGCUCGAUCGAGUCAACUCUAGCUCGAUCGAGUCCGACUUCAUGUCCCAAGCCAUUUUGCUUGAUCCUUACCAACCGGUUGACACUCGUCUCGCCUACUUAGUCAAGGCCACAAGGAAGUGA